AUGGAGGAUUCGACUCUGCAACACCCAUUGUUUGAUGAAAUCAGCAGCGACUAUGCGGUUUUCCUUGAGAAAAUCGCCGACAUAUUCGAAGCUGUUGCGCAAAUCAUACCUCCUUAUCAGCAGAUAUACGAAGUUUGUAAGCGCAAUACGUUCGAUCCAAAUGGUGGCGCGGAAGGUCUUCAUCUGGCUGCACUGAUGUCUUAUGUGUAUGCGGAUCUUGUUCAGUUGUGCUUGGAUCUGUACUGGGUGUUCUGUAGAGGAGCUCAAGGAAGAUCAGAGAGUCGCGAAGCGGUUGCGAAGGGUUACAAAAGUACAGAGUUGGCUGUCUAG